GCAAUGCCGGUUCUGGGCAAAGACCUCGGAGGCUCCUUUUGAUUGGCUCCAUGCACACCUCAGCCGGUGGCUGGAGCUGUUUGGGCGUGUCAAACGACUGGCCUGCUUCCCUGUCGGUCUCAACGAGAGCGAGAUGGAGAACAGCACUGGUCUGGAAGACACCAGUGAUUCUGCGAUGAUGAGGCGGUUGUCGAGCUUCGUAGCAGAUGAUUCAGACAUGCCCAAUGCCUCCGAAGACAGUGAUAUCAUGGCAAGCGACAACAUGUCGGAGGACAACAUGUCGGAGGAAGACAACAUGACUGACGAUGAAGAAGGCGAAGAGGAUGAAAACGAAAGCAAUGACAGCAAUGUGAGCACUGGUCACGCCUGGUGGUAUUGGCAGCCAGCUUGGAGCUCAAAGUGUAUCUUUCUGUGCCUCCCCACCCUUGAAGAAUGA